UAGCGGAAAUUAUCGUGCCUAACUGCCUACCGGGGUAUUUGGUUUUGGAUCAAAAAUGGCAAGUCGUCCAAGGGCCCUUAGACCACAACCGUUCCCUUCACCCACUCCAGCAACAGAACCUAACCAGCCUCUCAAUGAUCUAAAUAUGGUAGUAGGACGACCCAUGGGAUUGGGAAUCCCGUCGGCUAGUUUGCCAGUAGAACCAUCUAUGGAGCUUGAGCCACUAGUGUCUCCGUCUCAAAACUCUCCUACCCCGAAAGGAUAUGAUUUUAACUUGGGUUCCUUGAAAAAAAUUAUCAGAGACCAAAAGUUGACAGCAAAAGUGAAACCAGCACUGAUAUCAUUUCUUGGCAUACCGCCUGACAGUGGCCAGACCAAGGCAGUAAAUCAUAUUCUUGAUCGCUACAUAAACAAAGUCAAGCCUCCAUUUGCAUUAACUCCUGGUCUAGUAGGGGAAGAUGUGACUACAGCUGAAGGUAUCGAGUACCACGAAUUGGUAGCAGCUGGUUUUAAGUCUAUGAGGAGUAUUUACAUUAGUGAAGUAACAAAAGAGUCUAGCUCUGCUUUUGGCAUUCUCUCUGCUUUUAAACAAGGCCUUAUAGAGGAAAAGAAAUUACCACUUUUUGAUAUAUCCGUUUCUCAAUCCUCACAAGAAUUUGAAAACAAGCAACUAAAUGAGCAUCUCAUCCAUACUUACCAGUAUCUAUCUGCUCAAGAGUCAAUACCUAAAAAAGAUACGGAGUCUCUUGAAGAUGUAGAAGAGCUUACCGAAAAGGAUCAAGAUUAUGCAAAGAAACUUAAAAAGCUUCUUCCAGAAGGGAUAGCUCUUGUUAUUAUGUGGGAUGUUGCUCUAAAUAAGACCGUCCUUCAUUUCCUAACAGCUCUUCGUGGUCACCUUUACAACUGCCAUCCCUGGCUGUUCCUUGACCUUCAACGAGAUCUUGACAAGCUUCAUUUACCACCUAAAAUACCACGUCCAACUUCAUUUACUGGAGAUGGGAAGGAGAUAAGAGAUGGUGCACUGCUCAUGAAGUGGAGACCACGCCUUCAUUAUUUAAUUCGUUCUUGCAGAUUAGGAGAAACUAAGGAAAAGAAGAGGAGAAGAGUUUGUACUGUUUUUGCUAAGCAUGAUGGCACCUUUAAUGGAGAGAUGCAAGAGAAAAUGGAUGAGCUUGAGAAAAAAGUACAAGCAACAGCAAGACACAUUGGUGUGUCAUCAUUGCUUGAAGAGAAAAUUGUGCCUGUAAACUUUUGUAGUGCAGGUCAGAUGGAUGAUGCGCAUCAAAUGGAUGAUGAUUACUCAUUGCGUCUUAAUCAAAAGCUCCAUCAAGUAAUCUGUGAAGCAUCUUAUGAAGACAUUCCUAUUGCCUGGGUCUUUCUACGUAGCUUAUUCUAUCGUAAUGAGAAAUGUGUCAUUGCAAAAGAAGAUCUUGAAAAAAUGGCAGAGGAAUGUGGCAUGGAUAAAAGUUCAUUUGCAGGAUUUUGCAAGUUUUACACAUCUUUUGGGAGUAUUUUUGAUCUGAGCCUGGUCGAUGAGAAAUGUCAAACUGUUGCUGUUAAGCCAAUGGCCUUCCUGCAGUUACUUGAUUGCCUUUUGUAUCCAAGUAAAGAGUUACAUAAAAAGUAUCCCAUUAUAUCGUAUGGAAUUUAUCCAGAGGAAGCUUGCAAGGAUGUUUUUAAGGCAGAUUGGUCAUUAUUUAUAGAUGCACUCAUUUCCUUGUCUUUGGCAACUAAGGUUGCACCUCAUCUUAUUGAAGCACCAGCAGAUAUUCCAUUCAAUCGUAACACGAUGCAUUACUUUAUCUCGUUGAGUCGUACUGGCCAGUUUAAUGAUGCUCUUCAUCCUCAUUCGAUACACAUAAUCACAAGCAUUAAUACACCACACGUCUUUAGACAAGUAACAGUUACCAAGCAUCUUUUAGAAUUGCUGAAAGCUCCUAAGCUCAUCCCAUGUAAGUAUUUCAACCGAACGAUCAUCAAAGAUACAUCUACUGGGACAACAAUCACCAUCGUGUCUCACAGCCCAGCUACCAGAUUGGAUUUGGAUAAACCCAACAGUGAAGUGUGUGGGUGUAUCGUUCGUGCAUACAAUAAAAUUGCUGAUACAUGCAAUGUUACUGUCAAAUACAAGUUUGUCAAGUUGUGUGCCGAUGAAAAAAUCUCAGAUGUUCAAUCUAUUCCGUCUUCCUCAUAUCGUAUUCUACCAGAUAAUGAGCUUUGUGCUAUAAGCAAAAAGCCUGAAAAUGAUGAUAGUGUCCUACUGCAGGCAUGGAAUAAAGCACUGGUUGAGAAUGAAAUAAAAGAUAUUUCUAAACCAACUGGAGAUAUAAAAGCAACUGAGCUGGCAGAUAUAGCAGACAGGAUUGCCUCUGUUGUACAAGAAUAUGAUAUGGAUGUUCGUGAAGUUGCUAAAACACUUCUUGGUGAGGAAAACAAGGAAAAGUUUCAAGGACUAAAAAAUGACAAGCGUGUAAAUGGCCUAAUCCUUUUAUGGUAUGAGAACCAGUUGAGUGUAAAAGGAGGUCAAGAACCAAGACGUGAAUUUGCCAAAAAGUUAUUCAAUCUAGGAGAGAAUCUUAUUGCCAACACUAUUGCUAAGCUGAGCAUUGAUAAGCAAGCAGAGUUUAAAAAAACAGUAAAAAGCAAGUUUGAGAAUAUGGCACAAGAAUUGGAUGCCUACUAUUAUCACUACUAAUUAAAUUGCCUUGCAACCACAUACUGGGUAUGAUAGUAGAUAGAAAGAUUAAAUUUAUAGUAUUAUUUUAUUACAUUAAUAGCUAGACUUUUAUACAUUUUAUAUUUUACCUCACACUAUUCUUGCUCAUAACUACAUGUAUUAGACAGUUCUAAAAAUUAUUUUUCUUCUAAAAAGUAAAAAAUGCACAGCAAGAUUCAGAAUUAACAGCUCAGCAGC